AUGUUGCAACCCGUCACCGUUGCCCCCGUUCUUGCCCCCACUGACUGUGUCUGGAUCUACUACCAAAACGUCCGAGGUGUAAGGACUAAAAUUGACGACCUGCUCCUAGCUGCCACAGACAGCAACUAUGACGUCAUCAUAUUGACUGAGACCGGAUUGAGUGACUGCAUCGACUCCCUGCAAAUCUUCGGUUCAUCGUACAAUGUUUUCCGUUGUGAUCGCAGUCGCAUUAAUAGUAAUAAAACGACUUCUGGUGGCGUUUUGAUAGCAGUUCAUCAUCGUCACACUUCCACUCUAGUACGUACUCGUCAUGGUGAAAUACUUGAGCAGGUGUUUGUUAAAGCUAUGGUUGGUUGUAAUCGGUUGCUGAUUGGGGCUGUCUACAUUCCACCUGACCGCAGCCGUGAUCCCCAGUUGAUGGACGAACAUGUGACAUCUGUUAACGAGCUAUGUGACCACGCCUCGUUUGCUGACCAGGUGCUGAUAUGCGGAGAUUAUAAUCAACCUCGUUUGCAGUGGUGUGAAUCGACUGACGGUAAAGUACUCCUGGCUGACACAUCGGUUAUAUCUUCGACAAGUGCUACUUUAUUAGACGGAAUGGAAUAUUUGCAUAUGACUCAGGCUAAUUGGCAUCGUAACGAAUAUGAUCACACUCUUGAUCUUGUGUUUUGCUCUUCAAACUGCAACACAACUGUUGACAUUGCUGCUGCACCACUGCUGCCCAUUGACCCACCUCAUCCGCCGUUGGAAAUAUCUGUUACUGUUCAACAAACGAGCCGGGUUGACGAUCGGAAUCCAUUUUGCAAUGAGCGCAUUCUGAACUUUGGCAAGAUCAAUUACGGCGAAUUACGUGGUUACCUCUCUACUGUUGACUGGGAUUGCCUAAAUGCUUGUCAGAAUGUCAAUGAUAUGGCUGCCAGUUUUUGUUCGAUUAUUCAGCAAUGGUUGCAAAUGAACGUUCCAUCAAAGAGACGGCCUUUUUCGCCUGCCUGGGGUAACCCACUGCUACGUGAACUUAAACUCGAAAGAAAUGCUUGCCAACGAAAGCAUCGCGUGCUACGAUCUUCCGACAGCAAAAUUGGUUUCCAGCGCGCCAGCAAAGCGUAUCGAAAGCUGAACUCGGCUUAUUACAAAGCUUAUGUCAUGAAAAUGCAGUUUAACCUCCGACGUAACCCUAAAAGUUUCUGGAAAUUCGUUAACAGUAAACGAAAAUACUCUACCGUUCCGUGCAACGUGGUCUUGGAUGACGUUGAAGCAAAAUCUUCUGCCGAAUCUUGCGAGCUCUUCGCAAAUUUUUUUGCAUCGGUGUUCGACGAAACUCCUGCCUCUGAACUCGAAGCUGAGUCUGCUGCAUCAGACGUUCCUAUGGACUGCAUUAAUCUGACAUCGUUUGUGGUUACUCCUGCAAUGGUUAUCUCUGCUGCGAAAAAGCUGAAAAUUUCAAAUUCUUCGGGACCUGACGGUAUACCGUCGGUGAUGUUCUGUCGCUGUGCUUUUGAUUUUGCUGCGCCACUCGCAGCCAUUUUCACCCGCUCCCUCAACGAUGGAGUUUUUCCCGAAGUUUGGAAGCAAUCGUUUAUGUUUCCCGCCUCAAAUCUGGCGACAAGAGAAACCCAGUCUAUAAGCUACAUCUCUAAUGAUCAGCACGGUUUCAUGCCUGGGAGAUCUGUUACCACGAAUUUGUUGGAUUUCACCAGCACCUGUAUUACUGCAAUGGAGAACAAAACUCAAGUGGAUGUAAUCUACACUGAUUUGAAGGCGGCUUUCGACAAAAUCGAUCACAAUAUACUGUUGGCCAAACUGUCUCGUCUUGAAUCUUCUUCGAGGCUGUUAUCGUGGAUUUGA